AUGCUCAACGACCUGUUCAAAGUGAUGCGCGCCGAGGACGAGUCGUACGGCCUGCGCCUGCUCGAGGUCAUCCGCCAGAACACGUCCCCGGACGAAAUCCGUGCCUUCAUCGACCACGCAUUGACCGAGAUCGACGGUACCACUGCCGAGCGCACCAUCAAAAGGCUCGAGGAAGUGCGCCGCGCGAUUGACAUCGAGGGCGCGGGCCCGCCCUUUCGGCCCAUGGUGAUGGAUAUCCAUUUCCUCUGCGACGAGGCGCCCUAUACCGUGCCCGCCCAGCCGUGGACGGUCGUCACCGAUGAUUCGGAGCUCGUGUCCCAUCUGGUUUCGCUGUACUUCACCUGGGAUUAUCCGUUCCACUCGUUCCUCGAUCGCGACGUGUUCUUGGCCCAUAUGUCUCGUCGCGAUACGAACUCGCAAUUUUGCAGUCCGUUCUUGGUGAAUGCCCUGCUGGCAAAUGCCUGCCACUUCUCGGACUACUCCGAGGCAUACGUCUUGCCUGGCGAGAUUGUGACUAAGGGGGCAGACUUUCUGGCCGAGGCCGAACGCCUGAGGGAGUCGGACACGGCCAAACUCAGUCUUGCUUACUUGCAGGGCACGCUUCUACUGUACGAAAGAUACUCCAUGUCGGGCAAAAACGAUCUGGGAUACAAGAGACUUCACCAGGCGAUUCGUACGGGCGAAUCACUGGGCUUGAUCGGUCCUCUGCGAUAUCGCAUGACGCCCGCGCAGCGCUCAGACGAUAUGGAGAUUUCUAUCAGGAGAACGGCCUGGGGGCUAUUUCAUAUCGACACCGUUGUUCACGCCGAUUUCCUCCGCCCGAGCCUGAUCAACCAUGUCAAUGUGCCGCGUCCAGGUCGGACCCCGGCUACUGAGACGGAACUGUGGGCGCCGUACCCGUCUCACCGUCCAGCACGGCCGUCAUACAUGAGCCAAUACUUUGACGAGUCAUGCAAUCUCUGCGAGAUUGCGCGAGAUAUCUCGCAGAGUUUUGGGAGGACGGCCACGUCCGCGGAGCGCAAACAAAGCACCAAGGAAGCCCUAUACGAGAGGCUGUGUCGUUGGUAUGACGGGUUGCCAGAAAUAUUCGGUCCCGGGAAUCUCCUACCCCCCUACGUGAACUUGCUCAAUCCCCUUGGAUUCAGUCCGGUGCCAAAGUACAACGAAGCUGAGAUCGUCCUCGCGUCGGCACACGGAAUCUCUUCCUUGGUACGGCUCCAUCGGCAGGAAUUCGGUAUGAGUCGUGCACACCACUUCGCCCUGUACGCCACCAAUCUGGCGCUGUUCACCCUGUUGAAACAGGGGAUCUUCGAUAUACUCGAUCCAGACUUUUUGUCCCUUGCCAGUGCCUUUGCAUCCAUGGCCAGUCGGUCCCAACUAGGCAGGAGCCUCUUUCACAUGUUCCGACAGCUGGUGCGUGCCAAGGGUCAGGGGCAGCGAAUCCGGGACUCCACCACCGCCACUGACGAGAUGCGGGCCUUGUUUGGAGAAUCGAUUCCGCAUACCCCGUGGGAUGAAUAUGGCAAAGGGCUGGCGAAGCUGGAGGAAGACGAGCGAUACCACGGCAUCGGCAACGAGAGAGAACGCACGCUGGUGGACAUGCUGGAUCGAUAUGAGAGUUUGAGUUUGGGGAAGGACGAAAUCGCGCCAGAGAGAUUUCGACCCGGUUAA